AUGGCGAAGUACGCGGGGGACGCGGCGCGGGAGCUGGGACGGGGCGUCGCGCGGGCGACGCGACGAACGAGCGGGACAUCGCGCGUGGGAUACGACGGUGUGUUCGCGCUGUUAUUCAUAAAUUUUGCGUUGUUCGCGAUGGAUCAUUGGUUGGCGAUCGGGGCGGUGAAGACGCUGUAUCUGAAUCACGCGCGGCCGACGUGGUGGCAAUUCGUGACGUCGACGUUUUGUCACGCGAAUUGGGCGCAUUUGAGCUCGAAUAUUUUCUUUCUGUACAUCUUUGGGAAACUCGUGGAGGAGGAGGAGGGGGCGUUCGGGGUGUGGAUGUCGUACAUCGUGACGGGGGUGGGGGCGAACGUGGCGUCGUGGUUGCUCCUGCCGAAAUCCGUCGGGGGCGUGCUCGGCAUCGGCGGGGCGGCGACGGUGAGCUUAGGGGCCAGUGGCGCCGUGUUCGGGCUCUUUGCCGUGUCGGUGUUGGUGAAAUUGAAAUUCAACUGGAGACGUAUCUUGGAGGUUGUCAUUCUCGGACAGUUUGUCGUCGAUCGAUUUUUGACCGAGGCGAAGAUGGUCGCGGCGGCGGGGUCGGGGGUGGGCGCCGGCAACGUCAAUCACGUCGCACAUCUCGGCGGUGCGAUCGCGGGAGUGUUGCUCAUUUUCUUCCUCAGUCGACUCGUGCCGUCGUGA